UCAGACGUCACCCAACAACAGACCUGGAGCUCUGAGUGACGACGAGGUUCUGUCUCAGAUGAGAAAAGGUCACGACACCAUGUGUGUGAUGCUGAGCAGACGAAACAUGAACCUGGAGACGGUCCGAGCCGUGUGGAACCGAGAGGGCGUCAAGAGCGCCAUGGACGCCGCUGUCUCCAUGAACGACUUGUCCAUCGUCGUGGACCUCCUCAACAUUCUCAACCUCCAACCGUCUUUGUGGAAGCUGGAUGUUUGCACGACGGUUCUUCCUCAGAUCGACAAACUGCUGCAGAGUAAAUACGAGAGCUACAUUCAGACUGGCUGCACGUCUCUGAAGCUCAUCAUGAAACAUUUCUGGACGCUGAUCUCAGACACGCUGAGGGCGACGCCGUCUGUCGGAGUCGACAUCACACGAGAGGAGCGACACCAGAAGUGCAGAGCGUGCUGCAAGCAGCUGAAGAACCUCAGCAACAUCGUGAAGAACAAGGCGACUCAGGUCGGGCGACACGGCAGCACCUUCAUCGAGCUGCAGCUGCUCCUGGCGCCGCUCGACGACUCACUCUGAGAACGACCCGCAGCGAAGGGUUCACACAAACUCAUCUGAGAUCAGCUGCAGGACGGAGCCGAUUCGUUCUCACAACACACGACACAAACUCUGCAGCGGCUCCAGAAGAAACGCUUCGACGAAAGUGUUACUUAAAGACGUCAGUCGUCCUCAAACUGUCUCAGAGGAAAUAUCUUUAACUUUCUCAGAAUCAGAGAACGGGGACGUUCGGAUCAGAGCCGAUGACUCGAGAAAACAAGGUUCAUCUGUGACGACUCAACGAUCAGAGGCGGUAAACUUCACAGAGCGACUGGAUUAUUUAUCAAAACGUUUCUCGUCCAGGAAAAUGAAAACUGAUUUGACUUUGAGUAAAAUCGCAAAACAGAAUAUUUUAUGCAAUAAUGUUAAAAGGAGUUUUCUGUCGUUAGCAUAUCUUAGCACGGAGACGAGAAACAUGAGAAAACACAUCGAGCCUGGCUCUGCCCGUACGAAACAAAGUGUACGCUAGUCUUUAUGCUGAGAUACGUUUUGUUAAUGGUAAUUUGUCGAUAGUUAUUUAAAUAAAGUUUGUAAAACAGUCUUUUGAA